ACCUUGUUCCCUGAUUACCGUCACCGGAAUCGUGGAUUCUUUGCCGUUGGUCGCGUUUGUGCCGUGUUGUGGGCUGAGCCAGCUCCAGUAAGCGCUGGUAUCGCCAUCGAUCGCAGUUUGGUGUCGUCAACCUACCACGGGGAGCGGAUCUUCAGCAAGGUCCGAAGGUUUGUCAUCGUCGCGUCCUACGAAAGCCAUUCUAUCGCACUCCCUAUUGUAUCAUAUGGACGGCAAGGCGCUUCCAAACGUGGCGUAAAUCCUAAGCAUCAUGCUGUCAUAUACACCGGUAAAAAUGAGCCACUACCGUUUGCCAUGGAGCAUGGACUGCUUAGACCCGGCAUUCGUGCCGUUCCAGACAAUCCUCUGGACACACUCGAUUCAGCAUCGCGAAUAAACUUUAGCAAGGUCUACACCAUUGAACACAACGUCAAAGUCAAGAGCGUUGGAGUGAUA